AUGAAUACGGACUCCAAUUCUGGCUUGAUAAAGCCAAUAAUUGGUAGCGUAGGCGUGGGCGUGGGCGUGGUGGCAAUCUUAUAUAGAGCUUUUAAAUCGACUGUCAAGCUUGAUCAAUAUAAGGCACAGCUACCAUUCGACAACGCUACAUUAUCAGCACUAAUUAAUGAGAACGGAAAUCUAAGUGAAAAUGAGCACGUCUUAAAUAAUAUAUGUGAGGAUGGAGAAUAUACUUGUGUGAUGCCACCAUCUGAAAAUGCGGGUCUUGAUUUCUUGGCCACAAGCCUCAGAACUAUAGAUUUUAAUACUGCACGCAUUGUGGUUGUCUGUGAUGUAGAAAAUCAGGCAACAAAGGUAUUGAAAGAAUUGGGCAAACGCAGCAUUGGUUGCCUCUUGGUAAAUAUGGCUUCCAAGGCGAUUGACUCAGGUAUUCUGUUAUGGAACGACGGUCUCAUCAACGCCGUCAUGGUUGUAAGCGAUGGAAUGUUGAAGCAUUUGUCAAAGACCGGCAAUAUAAAAGUUAACUUCCUGGUGCACUACACCCAGAAAUUGCCGCAUAUCUUACAACAACGGUCGCAACUGCUGAUUCCCCAGGCUGUUGAAGGGACAAAGGUGCUGGUGAUCAAACCCAAAUCCGACAAUCAGGUACAGCAUAAAACUGGUGAGCGAAAAAUUGAGACCCCAGACGCCCGAAAACAAACAAUUCCGACUGAAAGAGCCGCACAGAAAAUACAAACUUCAUCGGACUUCUUUUCAUAUAUAUCACGCUUCACCUGCAAUCUGAAGACUGUGCUAUAUCCAGAAUUUUCAAAGAUUAGGAUAAAAGAGGUCAAUGCGCCGCAUGUUUCAGAUGAAGCAAGAACAGCAGAUACGCUGUCCAAGUUAGGUGAAACACAGUCUACAGCUCCUGAUCCUACAAUUCCACAGAGUAAGAUCGAAAAGGUCAAUAUGUUGUCUGGUUUAGAUGGUUUAGAUGGCUUAGAUUGUACAGGUUCUAGAGGACCUUACACUUACCUCCAUUAUGAAACAUUUACUUGGAGUCGCACUGCACAGUCUCCCUGUUAUAGUGCGAAUGAUGUGCCUCAUUAUGAUUCAUAUUUGAAGGAACGCCUGCGUCGCCUGAAAAUUGGACAGACGCGGGCAAAGCGCGUACAGCGAUAUGUUUGGCCACAUGCAGCUUCUGGUGGCUCCAUGUGCGUAGUUGGGAAUGAAAAUACUGGCAAAACCUGGAGUUACUUGCCCACGGUGUGUCAGCACAUUCUAGUGAAGUUACCGCCACGUCUACUGAAUGAUUUCGAUUGCGGCCCCAACUGCAUAAUACUUUGCAAAGAUGAGAAACAAGGGGAUGAUAUCGCAAAGUUGUGUACGGACAUGACAGGCACGGAGAGCGUGCGUUUGAAGCAUGUUGUUAAAGCACUCACUCGCAACUCUAUUGACGAGGCUGCCAUUUCUAUGAGAAAACCCUGCGGUGCUUUGAUAACCACUGUUGAGCAUCUACAGCAGUUGUAUCUGCUCCACAGCGAAAAAAAUCGCAUCUUUAACCUGGAUUCCUUAAAGUGCGUUACCUUCGAUGGCAUCGAUAGCAUCUGGCGUGGGGGCAGAAUAUAUUGUCAGAAGAUAAUAAAAUGGCUCUUGGACGCGCUGUCUUUUAAGAAGGGCAACAGCCAGUUGUUCAUCGUUGGACGUUUGUGGAUUGAUAUGUUUAUGAAGCCACUGAUAAAGGAAUUGCCCGAUCUUCUGCUCGUGUUCGAGGACGAACUGGAGGCGGCUUUGUUUGCCGGAAUUGACUUUGAGUUUAUCGUAUCAAAUAACUAUAGGAAUGAUAUAGUGCAAAUUCUCGCCGAAAAGAAAAUGAUUAAGAGGCGCGUAGUGCUGGUGUGCAGUGGAUAUACAGACAUAAAUGAACUGAGCGAGUACCUCAGCUCCAAGAACAUCGACAACACGGCUAUUGAGCAAUUCGAUGAGCAAGCAGAUGAGCUCUAUAAUAACUGGUGCACGAAUCGUAUGUGCCCGGUGCUCGUUGUCGCUGAGAAUUCGAUUGCUAAAUGUCAUGGCGGGUAUAUCGACUUUUUGGUUCACUACGGUUACAGUAGCUGGCCACUCUAUAAGGGUCAGUACAGGCUAUUCUAUAACAACUAUCGAUGUGGAGUUGGCACAUUCCCCGGCACAUCGGUUGUAGUCAUGCAUCCUAAUGAGCUUGAACGGGCUUGGCUAACUUGUGAUUUUUUGCUCAAGCACAAUCGCUAUCCUCCCGAAAAUAUUCUGACAAUGUUAACUGAAUGCCAAAUCGAUGUCAAGGGCUUUCAGCCGCGUUCGGACAGGCCGCUCUGUCACAUGUUCAAGUCCUAUGGAAAUUGCAUACGGCGCUCGUGCCAAUAUCGGCAUUUUUUGUUUGACUAUGAAACGCAGCCGCGCAGCGAUCCUAUUUCCAAGGGCACAAUCAAAUUCUACGUGUUGUCAAGCGUGAAUCCGGCCAAGACCGCUGUGAGGCUAGUUGAAAAAGGAUUCCUCAAAUACUACCAGAACAUUCCCGUUUCAGAAUUUGGCGAUAGGCUUCACUUGCACUAUGAAAGCCUCAUAAACCUUCCCCAGUGCACAAAUCCCCAGAUUGCCGAUGUAUGCGUGAUGAAGAUUAACGAACUCUACCAACGCGUGGCCAUAACUCAAUUGGUAUCUGCAGAUCGCAUCGAGGUCAAGCAGCUGGAUUCUGGCGUUGAAUAUUUGAUGGUUACUAAAGAUGAGCUGCUGAUCUGCAAUGAAGAGUUUAAAGACGUGCCCUUUGAAGCGUACGACCUACGCAUCACUGGUCUAACGCCCUUCAACAUGGAGCGCCUUUGGCCAGCUGACGCCAUUAAGUUGGUGCGCCAUAAAUUCUUUAAUAUUCCGGCCCAUCAGCAUCGCAUUUAUACAGCCGAUGUUCAGUUUGAUUUUCAUGAUAUAGUUUUCGUAGAAAACAUCUACAACUCGAACGGCGAGGACCUGAAGAGUUUUAUAGCUGCGGACAUCCCGAUGUACAUGGACAACGGCGUGCAUAGGCGUUUAAUGAAAAUGAUUUCUUUGGCCAAACCCUCCGAAAAGGGGAAUUAA